CCCUUGCUUGAGCGCCGUCCGGCCGCGCUCGUCCUCGCCCUCUCGCCCCGCCUGGGCUGCUCCCCCGACAGCGCACAGCCAUGCUGGAUGGCGUCUUCGGUACGGGCAAGACGCCCGCCGAGCGCAUCAAGGAGUACAACCGCCAGAUCAAAAAGUCGGUCCGCGAGAUCGACCGCGAGCGGACCGCGCUCGAGCGGCAGGAGAAGAAGCUGCUGGCGGACAUCAAGAAGGCGGCCAAGGACGGGCAGAUGGACUCGGCCAAGAUCAUGGCCAAGGACCUGGUGAGGACGCGGGGCUACAUCAAGAAGAUGUUCAAGAUGAAGGCGCACAUGGAGGCGGUCAGCCUGCGGCUGCAGACGAUGUCGUCGUCGGCGCAGAUGGCGCAGUGCAUGAAGGGGGUGACAAAGGUGAUGGGCAAGAUGAACGCGAAGAUGUCGAGCGCAAACAUCCAGAAGAUCAUGAUGGAGUUUGAGAAGCAGAACGAGAUGAUGGGCAUGAAGGAGGAGAUGAUGGGCGACGCGAUGGACGACGCGUUUGCCGACGAGGAGGACUCGGAGGAGGAGGACUCCAUCCUCGGCUCUGUGCUGGCCGAGAUCGGCGUCGAGCUCGACAACAAGAUGAUGGGCGCCUCCACCGCCCCGAUGCAGGCGGCAGCGAGCACCGCCGCCGCCGAGCCGCAGGGUGUGCCCGCCGUGGGCGGCGGCGGCGACGACUUGGACGCGGAGCUGCAGAAGAGGUUGGACAACCUCCGGCGUACCUGAUCUCGCGACGUCUGCUCUCUCGCUCUCCUCCGCUCCCUCGCCCUCUCGCUCCCUCUCGCUCUCCUCCGCUCCCUCGCCCUCUCUCGCUCCCUCUCGCUCCCUCCUCUCCCCCUCCCUCUCCCUCUCCCUCCUGCCUCUACGUCCCCUCCCUCCCUCCCCUCUUCCCCCUCCCCUCCCUUCCUCCCUCCCCCCUCUGCUGCUGCUGCUGCUGCUGCUGCUGCUGCUGCCGUACUAUCAAGGGGGAGGGGGGGGGGCAUUUCGGAGAGGCUCCGAGGGAGGUUGGCCCGCCGACCCCGCUUCGGCCUCGGCGAGGGUGCGGGUGCGGCGCGAGGAGGGGGUGCUUGGGGUGUGUGAGUUAAGACGGUCAGCCGGUCUCUUGUCAUGUGGUCCUGAAGAGAAGAGUCGUGAUCCCUGAUCCCCCCUCGAUCUGUAAGGAAUACGGCUUUAACCUUUAAGGUAAAGUAUAAGCGGUAU